AUGAAGCAAAUUAGCGCGGUAAAACGCAGAAUUGGCCGCACGAAGCCGGUACCUCAAGUGGCUCCGUACGAUAAUGUGCAUAUUUCUCGUAGAGAUCGAAUAUUGCAAAACGCUCAAAAAUGGGCAAAAGAAAUCCCGACACCGGAGGGGAUGUCAUCUGACUUUGGGGAGCUGGCUCCGUACGAUACUGUACACGCUUCUCGUAGAGGACAGAUGCUGAACUACACUCGAAAUCGAUCACAAGCAAUUCCGACACCAGAAGUGACGCCUAUCGACUUCGGGCAUUUUAAUCGUAAUCAGGAGUCGUCAGCUAUAGUGAUAUCUCCGGGUGGAUUUUUUUUGGACCCAGCGGACUUGCAUUUGAACAUGGCUACCCCUCAAAAUUUGUCAUCAUCGGCGAAGCAGUCCAUUGAUGCAUUUUGCAGAGUGAUGGAAUCUCCACACCAACAGCCUACUAACGGUCAAGUGGUAGAGAAUUUAUUUCGGGACAAGUUACAACAUCGUCGUCGUCCACAGUCGAUAAUGCAAAUGUACCUAUCGAUACGCUUGCAUAUCGCAAACACUUCCAUGUUCAUAAUCGAGGACCCGCAGGAUGUGAAACGAUGUAAGAUGUCACCACCUACGGAGGCGUGCAUCACUGAAUCUACCGCGGCAGAGAUGAAAACACCCGAUUCAUAUGCAGAUGGACAUAGGGCACUCCAGAAAGAAAGAGCAUACAAGGUGUUAUUAGAAUUUAACGUGGAGAACGAACAAAAAUUGCAGCCCAUGUCGUUUCAGGACGCCACUGCUCAUAUUGUACGCACACACGAACAAGAUCAGGAUAAUAACGCAUACAAAAAUAUAUUGGCUUGCAUGAAGUUAAACCCUUCGGUGCCGCUAGAGACACAACUUCAGAAUUUUGAACGCAAAGUAGACUUUAUGGAGAUGGACAAUAUGAAAAUCCGUUUUACAAAUAUACCGCAACCAUGCCAUACACAACAGGGGGGUGCGCCACCACACCGUGCAUCGGCUGUGGGAACAUCCACGCGUACACAACAGGCGCCGGGUAUUAACUUCCGCCCUCGAGUUAAUCUCAUGGAUGGGGUGAUCAGAUGCCUGAUCCGACGCCAGCAGAGGUAG